AUGGGGUGUGUGCUGGGACAACACGAUGAAUCUGGAAAAAGGGAACGGGCCAUCUACUACUUGAGCAAGAAGUUCACAGCAUGUGAGAUGAACUACUUGUUGCUAGAGAGGACAUGUUGUGCCUUGGUGUGGGCAACUCACCGGUUGAGGCAGUAUACGCUGAGUUACACUACUUGGAUGGUGUCCAAAAUGGAUCCCGUCAAGUACUUCUUCGAAAAGCCCACUCUCACUAGGAGGAUAGCUCGGUGGCAGCCUAUGCAUCCAGAAUUCCCUGAUGAGGAUAUUAUGGCCUUGUUUGAGGAGGAGGUUGAAGAUGAGGAUAGGGAUAAGUGGGUUGUGUGGUUUGAUGGUGUGUCUAAUGCACUAGGUCAUGUGAUUGAGGCAGUGUUGGUUUCGCCGGACAAGAAAUAUAUACCUUUCACAGCUAGGUUGUGUUUCGACUACACAAACAAUAUAGCGGAGUAUUAG